AUGGCCCAGGAAGCGAUUGGGCCGCCGCCCGAGGAAACCCUGUCGCUCUGGAAACGGGAGCAAGCCCGGCUGAAGGCCCGCGUGGUGGACCAGGACACCGAGGCGUGGCAGCGGGACCCCGCCUUCGCGGGGCUGCAGAGGGUCGGGGGCGUGGACGUGUCCUUCGUGAAGGGCGACAGUGUCAGAGCCUGCGCCUCUCUCGUGGUGCUCAGCUACCCUGAGCUGGAGGUCCUCCUGGUGGAUGGAAACGGGGUGCUCCACCCCCGAGGCUUCGGGGUGGCCUGCCACCUGGGCGUCCUCACGGACCUGCCCUGCGUCGGGGUGGCCAAGAAGCUGCUGCAGGUGGACGGGCUGGAGAAGGACGCUCUGCACCGGGACCAGAUCCGUCUCCUGCGCGCUGGCGGCGACUCCUUCCCGCUGACCGGCCGCUCCGGGGCCGUGCUGGGCCGGGCCCUGAGGAGCCACGACGGCAGCUCCAAGCCACUCUACGUCUCCGUGGGCCACAAGAUGAGCCUGGAGACGGCCGUGCGCCUGACCCGCAGCUGCUGCCGGUUCCGGGUCCCAGAGCCCGUGCGACAGGCCGACAUCCGCUCCCGAGACCUCAUCCGCAGGACCCUGGGCGGCCCCCCGGCCCCCGGCCCGCCCCCGGGCGGGAGAGCAGGGCUCCGAGGCCAGAGGCGGGUGAGGACAGGACCCCCGUGGAAGCCCCAGCCCCCGGCGCCCAGGAGCAGUAG